UUCAUAUUUCGGAAGAGCAAUGGCUUCUGCUUUGCGCUUUUUGAUUCUGCUAUUGUUUGUCUCUUCAUAUGAGUCAAAAAACGAUAAUCAGGACAAUGGGGAGGUUCAUUCUGCCUGCGAAUACGCUUCCAAUCGCAGAUACUGUGAGGGGAGCUUGUCUGAAGGUGGAGGAUCAUCGAAAAGUGACCCUAAAGAUCUGACUGAAAUUGCUAUAAGAUUGAGCAUGCGUCAAGCUAAACUUGUUCACGACUCCAUUUCCGAUGACUCGUCGAGUACGCGGUCAAUGCAGAGGCAAGCUCUAGCAGAUUGCCGUUUCCUUUACAAUCUAACGGCGGACUACUUGAACGCGAGUUUGACCAAAUUGGCAAACUCGACAAACACGACAAUGGAAUGGAAGAGUGCAGUGUAUAUUCAGAGUUAUCUGAGUGCAGCCCUAACAAAUCAGGCCACAUGUCUGGAAGGCCUGAGUCAAGCAAAUGUAAGCCUCCGUUCAUUAUCCUUUGGCAAAUACAUAGCUAACGCAUCAGAUUCCGUAGGCAGUAGUCUGGCUUUGAAUAGAAAAUAUUUUGUUGCGGGGAAGGGUCCUGUGAAGCGUGCUGGCCAAAACAGGCGGCUCUUAUCCAACGAUGAUUUUCUUGCGCAAUUUGAUGAUGGAGUUCCGUCCUGGUUGUCUCGGGCCGACAGAAGGCGGCUUCUGCAAAGCUCAGGUGGCGACGGCAUUUUAGUGGGUAACAUCGUAACGGUGGCGCAGGACGGUAGCGGGAAUUUCACUAAUAUUACUGCUGCCGUCAAUGCUGCUGCCGAUAAAAGCACAGACAGGUACGUGAUCUAUGUUACCGCAGGAAUAUACAGCGAAAACGUGGACAUUCCCAAGAACAAAUGGAAUAUUAUGCUCCUCGGAGAUGGAAUAGAUGUGACUGUGAUUACUGGGAAUCGAAGCGUCAUUGAUGGAUGGACUACGUUUACUUCUGCAACUGUUUCUGCAGUUGGGGUAGGUUUUCUUGCACGCGAUAUCACAUUCGAAAACACGGCAGGAGCAGAGAAGCACCAGGCCGUGGCUCUGCGAGUGGGCUCUGAUCUGUCAGCCUUUUACCAUUGCAGUAUUAAGGGUUACCAAGACACUCUCUACACUCACUCCCUCCGUCAAUUCUACAGAGAAUGCGACAUCUACGGCACUGUGGAUUUCAUCUUCGGCAACUCCGCAGCUGUUUUUCAGGCCUGCAAUCUUUUGGCAAGGAAACCCAUGGACGGGCAGCAGAAUCUUUACACUGCUCAAGGUAGAACAGAUCCAAAUCAAAAUACUGGAAUUUCCAUUCACAACUGUAAUGUUACUGCUGCGCCGGAUCUGGUUCCUGUUAUCAGCUCUUUCCCCACAUACCUGGGUAGGCCAUGGAAACAGUACUCUCGUACUGUUUACAUGCAGUCUUAUUUAGACAGUUAUAUCCAGUCAGCUGGGUGGUUAGCAUGGUCUGGAGACUUUGCCUUGAGCACGUUAUAUUAUGGUGAAUAUAACAACAGCGGGCCUGGGUCAGAUACUUCACAGAGAAUCGCAUGGCCUGGUUACCAUGUGAUGAACAACAUUUCGGAUGCUCUAAGUUUCACUGUGAGUUCCUUCAUCUCGGGCGAUGCAUGGAUACCAUCUGAUGCAAUGCCCUACGAUUCAGGCUUUCUUUAA